AUGUCUGUGAGUGAGACUGAAUCAAAACUUUCUAAGAAGAAUCAUCCAGAUGCUUUGGUUUUGGAGCUUACUUGCCCCAUCUGCUUGCAGCUCUUCUCUGAGCCCGUUUCUCUUCCCUGCGGUCACAUCUACUGCUUAGCCUGCCUUCAGACCAUGGGAGAAGGCCUCGACCAACACAGCUGCCCUGAAUGCCAGGCGGUAUAUCAGGGAACCAUUGAACUUGCCAAAAGUCUCAAAAUGUGCAGCAUGGUAGAGUCCUACAAAGCCACCUCUGGGAAAAUCAGCUCCACUGCAAACCCUUCAAGUGUCAGCCAUGUUGUAGCAGUCAAGAAUCGUGAUAGCUCAGCUAAGGAUGAGUCAGAAUACCACCAGGACUUAGCAACAGCUGGGGGGAGCCAGGAGGAGUGUGCACAAUGCAAGACAAAAGAUGACAUAGACAUUGGGUCUGGAUCCACAGAGCACCCCUUUUCUUUGGAUCAAAAACAAAGCAGCAACAAGGGCAAAAUGGAAAUGGAUGAACCUAAAUUCAAACUGGCAUCUCAAGUCACAGAGCUGAAUGUCAAGUUGGAGAUGGCAGAGGGCUUCCUUAGGAAAGAGAAGGGACGGGAGUUAGAGGUGGCCACGGCUAACGCUCAGCUGAGGGAGAAAGCAUCCCAACUGUUGGAGCAAAUAAAGGAUUUGUCACAGCGCUAUAGUGUGCAGGUGAAGCAGAUGAUUGAGCAAGAGUUAGGUCCAGGCGAGGCCACUAUAGUCAGUCGAGUCAGUCAAGCCUCUGAGCUGACUAAGCAGCUGAGGCAGGCUAUGCUUAGAGCAGAGUCCCUGUUGACUGAAGAAGAUGAGACUGCAUUUAAUGACGAGCUCCAAAGCCUACAACCACAUAUUGUGGAGUUAAUGGCAAAACCACUGGGAGAAGAGGAAGACCACGUUGAAUCUAAAGUCAACCCUGCACGAGUCUGUCCCAAGCUGGAAGACAUGAGUGCUGAGCUGAGGGAAAGACUUGGAGAGAUUCAGCGCUCCCUUAGGAACACCCUCAACCCUUCAGAGGUGACCUUUGACCCAGAGACAGCCCAUCCCAACCUUGUUCUCUCAGAGGACUUGAAGACAGUGACUUUCAGCACCACGAAACAGCCCUAUCCACCCUCUCCUCAGAGGUUCAGCAGCUUCUUCCAGGUCCUCAGCACCCAGAGCUUCUCCGAAGGUGAACAUAGCUGGGAGGUAGAGCUCGAAGGCUCCCCGUGGAUCAUUGGUGUGUGCUACAGCGACAAGAUAGCACGUAGCGGGUUGCCCUCCGCUCUGGAAAGCAGCCGGAGCUCAUGGUGUCUGAUGUGGUUCAACAACCUGCUGACAGCCUUCGAGCAGGGUCAUGAUGUGCCGCUGAAGAGGACCACAGUGUCGCGCAGGCUAGAGAUCAAGCUGAGCUUCAAGACCCACAGGCUGAGCUUCUACAACAUCAGCCCCGUUAGCGGGAAAACUCAUGUGUACACAUUUAAGGCUAACCUGACUGAACCGGUGCACCUGGCUUACAGAAUGAUGUCAGGACACCCAAAAGCACGUGUCACUGUUUAUUCAUAAUCAUAACUACAUUUCUACUGCCUAUUAGCAAAUGCGUUGCAUAGAGGAACAAUGUAAUAGUAUUUAAAACACCCAAGUUGAGUCUUGAUUUGUAUGAUGAAAUAAUUUAAAGUAAUCAUAUAAGACAAUUGAAAGAAUUGAGUAAUUCUGAUGGCACUUUGGUUGUUUUGUGCGAUAGGACUGCUUCUCCACAUAUAGACAUAAAAACACAUAAAAUACAUUUGGCUGAAUUGUUCAUUGCAGUGUGCUUCAAAUAUAAUGCUCAAAUACAGUGCUCAAAGUGUUCAGAUGUCCAGAAACAUCAUUAUAUUUGUCUUUUGUGUAAUGCACUCUUAGUGUAAAGGUUCAAACAAAAAACCCAUAAACAUUGAAAAAGAAUGUUUUAUGAUGCUUUUCUAGUUCCAUCAGACAAAUAAAGUCCUUAAAAACAUAA